AAUGAAAACGAAUCAGAAAAAGGUGUAGUCUUUUGUUUGCCCAACAUGCUUAUCUAAAAGAAGUGGAAAGAGUCAAAGAACUUUGUUUCUGGUAUUGAAUUGAAGCUCAUAGUUUUAGCGAUAAAGAUGAGAGCUUUACCUAUCUUGCUGCUAUUUACUGCACUAUUCAGGGCAUUUUCAUCAUCUAACGAUGCAUACCCUUCUGGGUAUGGCGACGAACCGGGUAUCUGUCUCAGUUCUAGCGCCAAAUUACAGCAGAGAGAAGCUUAUGAAGGGGAAAUCUUUGACAUCACGCAUCCGUACACUCCCAACACGCCGUUGGGGGAUUCUGCUGAGGGCACAGGACAAAUUCUGAGACUUUUGAUGAGCAUGAAAAAUGGGUCUGAUUACAACUUGUCGGAGAUGAGAUUGUGUGUUCAUGCUGGGACUCAUGUUGAUGCGCCGGGGCACAUGUACGAUAAUUACUUUGAUCAGGGAUUUGAUGUUGAUACUCUUGACCUUAGAGUUCUCAAUGGCCCUGCAUUAGUAGUGGAUGUUCCAAGGGACAAGAACAUAACUGCUGAAGUAAUGAAGUCGUUAAACGUUCCCAAGGGAGUGAAGCGAGUGCUUUUCAGAACACUGAACACUGACAGGCGUCUUAUGUGGAAGAAGGAGUUUGACUCGAGCUAUGUGGGGUUCAUGAAGGAUGGUGCACAGUGGCUUGUAGACAACACUGACAUUAAACUCGUCGGAAUCGACUACUUAUCAGUUGCUGCUGCUGAUGACGUGAUUUCAGCUCAUUUAGCAUUCCUCAAGAGCAGGGAAAUUAUUCUCGUGGAAGGCCUGAAACUUGAUGAGAUCAGUCUCGGGAUUUAUACCAUACAUUGUUUACCCCUGAGGUUGGUUGGUUCUGAUGGAUCACCCAUCAGAUGCAUCCUCAUCAAGUAACUCGAUCUACUAGUAAGGGCAGGAAGAAAUGGUGAAACUGAAAGCCUGGAGAUAAUGCCCCAAUGCCAUAAUCUCAAGCUUUGGGAUGCUCAUCAUCAUAUUAUUAUCUGGGACUAGAUUUUCUGUCUUUAGUAGUUGGUACUUCUGGUUAAACAAUUCAAGGCAUGUAAAAGCUAGUGACUUUUGCUGUAGAAUUAGUGACCGAGUGGGUAAAGUAUGAUUCAUUGAAUUCACCAACAUCCACAAUCGGUCCAAAAACAACAUAUGUAUGACUAGGAGUUAAAAUUAGCAUGUGCGUGUCAGGCUGUCAGCUAUGCCAACAAAAUUAGAACAGAUCUAUUAGAAUAUCAAGAAAUCACAUAUGAAUAAACUUAUAUAAUAUUGGCCACCA